UUUUUUGGGUUUUUUGAUGAUCGUAUUUUUGAUAUUAAAAUUUUUUUAUGGUCGUUAUAUUGUAAGAUUUUCGGAUUUAUUUAAUUUUUAAAUUUUUAAAGUCUUAGAUUUAAUGAUUUUUUUUUGAAUAUUUUACAGGUUCAAAUUUUAUGCAGCCGAUACUGGGAGAUCGUGAGAAUUGUUUGUUGAUGUCCAGCUCGUGCCUUUUGAUGUGGUCAAAUACGAUGACCGUAAUCUGUUGCCGUUGUCCAGAGACCGCUUCUAUGUUUUUGGUCGAUUGCGACGUCGUCGUCGGCAUUAAACUAAGACCGGAUCAUCUCGAAGAGGGAAAUUUAACUCCGAUGUGCAGCAGGUACAAAACGCCGAAGGAAAAGGCGGUUUUGCAGAAUACUUCUGCGCGUCAUCCUACGGAGGACGAUCCUGACGCUCAAGGAUCGUAUACAACUGAUCGAGCCUCAUCUGGACCAGAUAUGGAUAUCACGUUCGACGGAUAGGAAGAAACAAGCCAUGAUCAACGUCCCGCUGGAAACUCUUGGUGGCAAGGAAAAGCUACUGGGAUUUUACAUAAACGGACUUUUCAUGCCCCGACGUGUGUCCCAAUCU